ACUUUAGCACAAUAAUAACGGUACCCACCCAAUAUCCCCCACCCAAUCAUCUUCUCUCUCUAAUCACGGACCUCCUCCAUUCCCACUUCUUCUCCAACUUUCUCUCUCUAACUUUCUGCAUACUCUGCUUCUCACUUCCAUGGCGGAAUCGACCAAGUAUACCCCCAUUAACAACGGUACCCUACCCUCAGAAUUCAACUUCACCAACAUAUUCACCUUCAGAACUAAAAGAUCUCGAACUUUCGCCUACAUAUUCGUCGCUGUUUUCGUCGCUUUCACCGUCUUUCUCGCCUUCAAUCCUUCGCAAAAUCCUUCAUCCCCAUGGUUCAGUAACAUCUUCACUGGCUCAAGCUUUAGGAUCUCUAGUAGUAGCACAGGUUUGCAACCAAAUAGUACAGUUAAUACUUCUUCUGAUUCUGUUGGAUCUCAGUUUUCUUCCAUUUAUUCUUACUUUUUCGCUAACAAUUCGACACAAUCUGCUCGUAAUUCAACGGUUUCUAACUCGAAUUUGAACGCAACUGUUUCUGGAUCUGGAAGUGUGAAUAGUCAAGCACCGACAGUGAAGAAUAAUCAAACGACGUCGUCUCCUCCGUUUCUCCCUGCUUCGAGUUCGACUAAUCAAACGACGCCGUUUCAGGAAACCGUUAAAAAUGGGAAUAAUAGUUACCCGCCGGUUGUGCGAAAUCAAACAGAUUUGAAGCCAAAUCAGAGAACGACGUCGUCUCCUCCGGUUCAAUCCGUUUCAAAUCAGAAUAAUCAAACGACGCCGUUACAGAAAACUGUCACAAAUGCUUCUUCAAAUGGAACAAAAUCUAGUUCGGAAUUUGGUGAUUUGGUGAAGAAAUUGGUGAAUUGUGACUUGUUUGAUGGAGAAUGGGUGAAGGAUGAGUCGUAUCCGUUGUAUAAACCCGGUUCGUGUUCGUUAAUUGAUGAGCAGUUUAAUUGUUUUAAUAAUGGUAGACCGGAUAAUGCAUAUCAGAUGCUUAAAUGGAAGCCUAAAUCUUGCACUUUACCCAGGUUGGAUGGUAGCCAUAUGUUGCAAUUGUUAAGGGGGAAACGGUUAGUUUUCGUUGGCGAUUCGUUAAAUAGAAAUAUGUGGGAAUCGUUAGUUUGUAUCUUACGGAAUUCGGUCAAAGAUCAGUCGAAAGUUUAUGAAGCCUCGGGCAGACACCAUUUUCGAUCAGAACCUUCUUAUUCGUUUGUAUUCAAGGAUUACAAUUGUACAGUUGAGUUCUUUGUAGCCCCGUUUAUAGUUAGAGAAUCAGUAACGAAAGACAAAAACGGAGAGAAGAAGGAGACGCUUCGGCUUGAUUUGAUUGGGACUUCGGCUGAUCAGUACAAGACGGCUGACAUUGUGGUGUUUAACACGGGACAUUGGUGGACUCAUGAGAAAACCGCGAAAGGGAAAGAUUAUUAUCAAGAAGGUAGCCAUGUGUACAACGAGCUUAACGUUUUGGAGGCGUUUCGUAAAGCCAUAACAACAUGGGGAAGAUGGGUUGAUGCUAAUGUAAAUCCUAGCAAAACUUUGGUGUUUUUCCGCGGUUAUUCUGCUUCACAUUUCAGAGGGGGGCAGUGGAAUUCCGGAGGGCAAUGUGACAACGAAGUCGAGCCUAUAAAAAACACAACCUAUUUAUCUCCGUAUCCCGACAAGAUGAAGGUUCUAGAGAAGGUUUUACGAAAUAUGAAAACCCGAGUUUCGUAUCUGAAUAUCACGAGACUGACAGAUUUUAGAAAAGACGGGCACCCAUCAAUAUACCGAAAGCAGCAUUACUCGGAGCAAGAAAAACGACAUUCACCAUUACACUUUCAAGAUUGUAGCCACUGGUGUCUUCCUGGUGUGCCGGAUUCUUGGAAUGAGAUCUUGUAUGCUGAGCUUUUGGCAAAACAAUACCAAAAUCAAAAGAAUUAGUUGUAAAGAGGAAAAUAUACACGGUCCGGGUUGAGUCGAAUUGACUCACUUGAGUCGACUCGAGUUGAGUUGAGUUGCAUCAUAUUGAGUUUAGUUGCAUCGUAUUUGCAGAUCUCAAAAAUGUGAAUGACCCCCUUAUUUUUGUUCCCUUUUGGGGAAUGUAUAAGCAAAUAAGAAAAAUAGUAUUUUAUUCUUUUUGUAAUUUUUAUGAUGUAUUAUUUAGUUCAUUUAGGUUAUUGAAAGAAAACUACAUUUAAAGGAUGUGAUCAGGUGGUAUUUUUCGGAUACACCAAACAAGUUAUUAA